AUGGUCACCUUUGGGAGCAAGGAGGCCCUUAGCAAGGCCAUCGAGAAGAGUAUUGCCGGCACUCUUGGUGGGCGCCCAGAUGCAGGGAACGGACGGCGGGAAAAAUGGGUGAACACUUACUACUUUCUUGUGCUGCUUGUCUCAGGGGUGUCGUCUGCGGCUGUGGUUGUCCGUAAUCUGACGGAUUGUGUCAUAGUGGACUUGAGCAUUGGCAGCGACGUGGCGGGCUCCAAUGUCACGGCAGCCAUACAGGCCCAUCUCGAUGACCCCAAUAGCCCUCUCCGCACGGGCCCUCUGGGGCCCUAUAUGUCAAAGGCCUUUGUCAAGGACGCCACACAGCCCACAACAGCUGCAACAGCUACGAAAACUGCCAGUAUGGGUGCACUACAGAAGACUCGGAGGUCAUUCUGGUCGUUCCUUCAGCCGUUCAGGCAUGUACAUCAGGUGAGCAAGGGCAUCCUGCCUUCUUCUUCUCUUCCAAGCUGCAUCAAGUGUGUCUCCUUCUCCUGUCUGUCUUUGCAACAGCGUAGUGUGCAGCGCGAAGCCACCAUCCGUCAUGGCUUCUCUCAGCCCGCCCUGUCCGGCGGGCCACACAGCGUGGAGCUGCGUGUCAAAGACCAGACAGACGAGGACCUGCCCGCCACCUUCCAAGAAAAGCUGAUCGACGAGCUGACCAGGGCGGCUAACAUCGCACAUGUAAGUGGCGUGGACAGUCUGCCGCCCGCCCUGUGAAUGUGCGAAUGUGUGUGCUGGUCGGUCAGGAUAGCAUGAGUGUCGAGUCCACGUCUCCCGGUGUCGACGUGGAUGUGGAGGUCAUACCAUCGGAAGAAGGACAGACUGCACAGCAGGUGGGUCGCAAUGAGCCGCGUACACCUACCUCCUGCAGGCCAUGGAUAGAUUCCAAUGCAUUCAUUGAUCAGAUGGUGGAGGCGAUUGAUGCGGCGCUGGCUGAUCCAUCCAGCAGCAUCCGCACUGAGGCCGAGGGAUUCCUGGCGACCGCAGUCGUCGAGACGCGUGUCAUUCCCGUAAGCCCGCUCGACCAAGUCUGGCAAGACCAGUCGAGCAGCCUUGCUUGCACAUCCUUUGUGUCUCUGUGCAGCCCCCCGCAUCAAUAUCGACGCACUCACCACCUCCAAUGUCAGUCGACGUCACGCCAACAACGAGCCCGCUGGACAACAAGGGGACGCGCCCGUCUGAGGCUGCCUCGAGCAUCGGAUCUUCCAGCGGUGCCCCAAUGCUGCUCCUGACGAGCCAUCUGCCGACAAGUCCAGUGGGAGUUCGGGGGAGAGAUUGCCGCAACAAGAGACGACUCAAGGGCCGCUUGUUGGAGGGACGGGACAGCCACCGACAGCGAAGGCAUCUGCAUCGCAGUCUCCGCAACAAGACGGCGGGCAAACCACGACCCUAUCGCCCCCCACAAAUGCAGCGAGACUCGGGCCCACCCGCACCCCGUUGCAGCCCUCUCCAGCUCCACAAGGACGGUCUCGAGGUCUACCGCAAGGCACGAGUCAAGCCACACCAGGCGAGGCAGCAACAACGUCAGCAUCAACGUCAACAUCAGCCCCCUCCGCCGCUUCCCCUUCCUCCCCUUCUCGCCCAUCCCCUUCGUUCCCAAAGCAAGUGGCCGACCAGGUGCCGCAGGCGAUGCCGCCCGUCCAGGAGCCUGUCCCAAGCACACAGCCGCCAGCCGUCAAACAGCCAGUGGAGACACGCACACCCGACCCGGCUCACCAAGUCUCGGAGACCACCACCCAGCCAUCGACCCAAGACCGUGCUAAGACGGCAUCUGGUGGGGGUGCAGCGACACGCACACCGACAGGAGUGGCCACAAUGGCGCCUCCACCGGCAGCAGCUGGGACAAGACAGCAGGCUGCACAUGGUGAGGUGGCAUCGACCGCUGCCCCUCCGGCACCGACCAGCGGGACUUCGCCUCCUUCAAGCACCACCUCUCUGCCGUCUGUGGAGGCAACGACUGUUGCCUCUCCGCCCGCAGCUGGUGCUGCCCCACCACCGUCAGGGGCCACCACCAACAUGCCACAGACGCAGACGGCCUCUGGUGCAUCCCCCGUCCCUACCCCCACACCGACAAGUGGUGCCGUGCCACAGCCGGUCCCAGGCGGCACGCCACAACCCGCUGCGGGUGGUGCAGCAGGGGGCGACUGGCGGUCAUGGUGGCAAACCACUACCACCACACCCCAGCCCCCAGCAGCAUCAGUGACAGAGCCUCUCUAUCUCCCCCCAGCCACCACCCUGUCGCCCAACGAGUCCGGCAACUACACACUAACGGACCCUUUAGGGCUGUCGUCAGGUCCGUCUCGGCCCGUCUUCCCGCCUUCAUCCAGACAAAGUAGCCAUGGGAAUCCACCCACACAGGAGCAUGCCAGUGCCGACAGGGCCGCACAUGCGGAUGUGGGCGGGGGCGG